AUGUCAAAUAAUACUACAAUUACAGAUUACAGUAAUUUGGUUGGUAGUUUUCGUGCAUAUAUAUGUCCAAUAAUUGCAAUUAUCGGUGUCAUAGGAAAUAGUUUUAUUGUGAUCAUUUUUUUAAAAGAAAAACAAUUAUCAAGAUUUUCAAUUUAUUCAAUCUUUUUAGCUAUUGCUAAUAUUAUUACAUUAAUUAUGAAUACAUUUAUUGAUGAUUUUCUUGGACGUGGUCUAUAUUAUGCAACAAAUCAUCAAUUCUAUUUUAAAUUAGAUACAAUUUCAACAUUUUGGUGUAAAAGUGUUGAAUAUAUAUCGAAUACUAUGUACUUUACAUCAUCUUAUUUAAUUGUGAUUUUUUCAAUUGAUCGUCUAUUAACUAUUCAUAAACCGAUUAAAUUCUAUUCAAUAUAUCAUAAACAUUGGGCUUUGAUUGCAUGUAUUCUUGUAUAUUCAAUGGGAAUACUUAGUAAUUCACCAUUGUUAUUUGUACAAACUUUAAUGGUUGAUACAUCGAGUCGAACAAAUUUUACUUGUAGAAUGAUUUCUGAACAUCCAGUAGCAAAAUUUACCAUAACAUUUGAAACAAUCGUCACGUUCACAAUACCAUUUUGUCUUGUAUUAUUUUUAAAUGUUUUCAUUUGUAUUGAAUUAUGGAAAUUGAAAGUUAAUCGAACAGCUUUAUUACCGGCUGACUCUUCGCGGAAUCGUAUGGAAAUGGGACGAGUUUUUGGACAUUUAGCUUUGAGUACUGCAUUCUUAUUAUUGUACCUACCGAUGGUAUGUUUUGUAUUAAUACGACUAAGUCUAACUUUAUCACAUGUGGAUAGGCAUAAACCGUACGCAAUGUGUAUUAUUGAUUUGUCCAGACUUUUCUCAUCUGUUAAAGAUAUUACUUAUGCAGUCAAUUUCUUCCUGUACUUGAUAUUUUUGCGAAAUUUUAGACAUGGAUUUCAACGUUCAAUCUGUACAGUAUCUUGUAAAAAGAUGUCACCAAGACCAUCGGAUAGACCAGAGAACUGA